GCAACUCCGCGUCAUUUCGACUCAAAGGCACACCGGCAGGGUCCGGUUCCUCCCGUCAAGUUUGGACAGGGAACGGGGACUGUUUUUUUUUUCUUCAGUGAACAUGCUGCUCUGCGCGCUCCUCGGACUUCUGUUUUGUGCUUUCCUGGACUCAUCAGAAUGCCUGCAGGUGGUGGUCCGACCAGACAAAGGCUCGACGGUGACGGUGUCCACGGUGGGGUCCCCGGAUCGGUGCGCCGUGUGCACGGUCAGCGGGGUGAAUGACACCGACAAGUCCUGCCAGCCCUCUCUCUCUCUGGUGCCUGAAGUGGAGGUCAAGCUGCUGUUCAACUGCUCUGAGCCCCUCGAAAAGUCUUUCACCGUGACGGUUUCACGCGUCAUUGAGUGCACUAAAGAUGCCUGCAGUCCUGCAACGGUGGAAACUCCGUCCAUCCUGACAGAGUUCAGCAGAACCUUCACCUGGGAGGUGCGGGCCCCUGAGAAGACCGUCGUGAGCCUGAACAUCCUCGGGGAGGGACUGAUGGAGACGUCUCAGCUGUGCUCUAAAGGUUUCCAGUAUUCGGUGGCCACAUCCAAAACCAGCAGCAAGGCUCCGACUCUGUACUGUCAGGGCGGUUCUGUGACGCAGUUUGACCUGCCCAGUCAAGGUGUCGUGUCCUUGCUGGUGAAACCAACGGCUAAGGUGGCUCCUGUGUUUCAGGCCAGCGCCGGACCACUGAAGGGACGAACAGUGGUCGUAACGGUUGACUCCAGCACGACGGUGGUCCUCAACCGGGACCUGGGUGAAACGGAGUGUGAAGUGUGCACCGCUGACGGCCCCACUCCCACCUGUAGCCUAAAAGAAAAGACGCUGACCAGCGCUAAGAAACUCGAAGUGGAGUUCAGCUGCCAGAAACCUGAGGACGUGUACAGUGUGAAGAUACAAAAGAAAAUAGAAUGCACCGAGAACUCCUGCACUCCCGCCGCAGCAGAAGUUGACCCCAACCUCUUCCUCGACUUCAUAAGAUCCCUAACGUGGCUCAUCGGUGUCCCACAGAGGACUGUACUCACUUUAGAGUUUCCCGGUGGAGGAGUGAAGGAACUUUCUGCAGCAGAAAAGUGUAAAGAUGGCUCUCAGUACUCGGUGAGCACGACUAAAAGUGAUGGAAGUAUCAAAACUAGCAACUACUGCAAAGGCGGGGAGGUGACCCGUGUGGAAGUGUUUGGAUCCACAGCCGUGACUGCAGAAGUGCCCAAAGGAGGAGAAAUGGACCAGACUGCAUUCAGUGUAAAAGCAGCAAAAAGAGGUGGCAGAAUGAUGUCUGUGACCCCUGACCCCGACACCAUCAUUAUAAUCAAAAGGAUGAACAAAGAGUCAGAUUGUAGUGUUUGUGAGGGCAAACCACCCCAACAGAAAUGCACCCCACAAAUUCUGAGACUGACUUUGGCUAAAAACACCUCAUUGGAGUUUACCUGUCCUCGGCCUCAGGACGUCUUCAGUGUGGAGAUCAACAGAGAAAUUGACUGCACAGAGACCACCUGCUCUGGUGACAUCGUUCAGGGCGAGUAUUCGCUUUUCCCGGACUUCAACCGGACCUUCACAUGGGACCUGAAAGUCGUCUCCAGUCGAGCUUUUCAACUGGACUUCCCUGAAUCAGGAAUGAGACAGAUUUCCAAAGAGGAGACAUGUCCAGACGAACACACAUAUUCUCUUAUUACCUACCUGCGCACCGGGCCAGCUCACAUCGGUACCUUUUGCAGAGGUGGAACCGUGACCACGAUCCUGGCUCGCUACAAGGGUCGUGUUUCCCUUCAGGUGCCUUGGGACAGAAAACUGGACCCUGUUGACUUCAAACUUAAAGUUGGGCCUGAGACAAGCAUGGUGGCCAUAGUGAAAGUCAACCUGCCGAAAGGCGUCUCAGAAACGAGCUUCAUCACAGCCAACUACCCGAAGGACUUCCCUGACAAGCAGCAGAUGCAGUGGAGCUUCACUGUGCCCGACAAGCACAACUACACCGUGCACUUUCAUGAUCACACGGCCCCAGAGUGCCUCAGUGACGAAGUGGUGGUGAAGUACGAGAAGGAGAACAAGAAGGCGACCACACUGAGUCUGACAGAUCCUCAGCCGCAGCAUCAGCAGGGAAACUUCCAGAUGAUGCUGACGAACUGUGAAACCAACCGGACGCUACAGGGACUCACUUUGAAUUACACGGUCUCUGUAGAGAGGAGUGGCAUUCCGGUUCUCUGUAAUGUGGACCUCACCAAACACAAAGGAGUGUCCCUGCAGAUUGAGAAGGUGGGUUCUGACGAGUACUGUGAGAUCAGCAUGAACUCUGAGGUCAAAGACGUAAUAAACAUGGCUGCAGGAACUACAGCCCGUCUCUCCUUUCUUGAAUGUGAUAAUAUGACACGCCUGACUGCCAGCGAAGUUAUUGGUUGUCAGAAUGUGGCGUCCUGCUCUGCGAAUGUAAUCUCCCUCCCCAAACUGGCUUCCUGUCUGCCGAUGCCACUGCACAGCUUCACCUGGCACGUCAACAUCCCCAAGGAUGCCACGGUGGAUCUGGUGUCGCGCACAGGGAGUUUCCGACAGUCCCUGCCGGGCCAGGAGUGUAAUCAGUCUGUUUUGCUGCACGUGGCCGAAGGCGACGGGUUUUCCGUUGGAGAUUUCUGCUCUAACGGUAAUAUCGAGACAAUUCAAGUCCACACCAACGUCUCGGUCACAGCCACAGCCCGGGACUUCAGCAAGAUCGAGGAGCUUCUCUUCAAUGCCAGCGUCAGUCAGGAGAUCCGAGAGACCAUAAUUUACAGAGUAAAUCCCAAGACCUCUCAAACCCUGUUGGCCACCCCCAACUGGCCCGAGGGUAUGAAGCCGUUCUCCACCAUAUCCUGGAUCGUCACUCUGCCGAGCCAGUACCAGGCUCACCUCAGGUUCAACGUCAGCAACCCCAAAUGCGGAGACAGGCACACCUGCGUGAAGGUGAUGAUGCUGGGGUACGAGGAGGAGAUGAUGAGCCGCAGGGAGGACGAGGAGGUGGAGGAUUUAAUGGUGCCAUAUAGUUUCUAUCUCAACCUGUCCAACUGUCUGCCAGAGGAGGGACACUUUGGUGCAGUGACCACAAUUGUUCUUGAGAAGAAGUCUAACAUCUUGGCCAUCGCGCUCGGGAUAGCAGGAGCUCUUUUGUUUUUGCUCAUAGUGCUGGCUGUUGUUUGUUUUAUUACAAAGAAAAAGAAAAAAGGAAAGAUGAACACAGAGUCGUCCAUCUACAUCGGCAAAGGGAAUAUCUUCCGACCGGGUGACGCACACUUCACCAAAACCCGAUCUAACAACGAAUCCCACGUCUACGACUCCAUAGAUGAGACGAUGGUCUGCGGCCACCUGUUGGACAACUCCAACAUCUACGGCAACAAUGACCACUUUAAUGGGAUGCAGGUGGACUCCUAUCAGACUUUCGUGGGACCCACUGACGGAGCUCUGCCGGUCAUCAAAGAACCGGACCCGGAGCCUGAGAUGGAUCAGUUCAUGUUCUUGGACCCCUCGGAGACAUUCAUCCCGUCCCGUCCGCGCACUCCAAUCGACAGGCAGGACAGCCUCGGCUUCCAGGACCGCAGGAUGGUCGACAAUGAGCUGUACACGUUCAAGAGCAUGGGGGACAUGAACAACAUCCGACUCUCUGGUGUCGAUUUGGAGCCACAGCCGCCGAUAACAGAUGAGUCCUUGUAGCGCGUGAGAAAUGUCUACACGAUGGACUGCUGUUACUAAAUCCACGUCGCAACACAAGCGUCUGUCCGCGGUACAGAUGUGAACUUUCUGUGUCUCGAUUACACUCGGGGAAUCUGAGGUGUAAUGCUUUUUAAUGUGAUGUAUGUAUGUUGUCCGAACUCGGAGCUUCGAUAGUAGAAGUGAUGAGCCGUUUUCUUCAAAGAUUUGAGGCUAUAAUUGGAUUCUUAUUUACAAGAGCCAGAGGAGAAGAUUGAAACCACUCUCAUGUCCGUCUGAGAAAAAUGAAGCUACAGACAAGAGCUAGUUAAUCAUGCAAUUAAGCUUAAUUUAAAAAAAAGAAACUGUAAAUGAAAUGAGCUAGUGUGGCACUAUCCGUGUAAUGACUUCCUGCAACCUUGUCGUGUCCAGGAAGUCAAAUAUUCUGGUACGUAACCUCCUGUAACCUCCUGUAAAACCUUAAAACAUUGUGUCUAUGUUAUAUUUUAUCAUCUAUUAAACACACAUGAUGUAUAACAGGGUAAUUAAUGAGCUGCAGAGUUGCUGUUACAUGCUAGCUAGAGUUUCCCGUUUUCUUCAGGUUUUAUCACGUUGUGCUAAGCUAAGCUAACCACAUUCUGGCUGCAGCUAAAAGUGUGCAAACAGGACAGAGGUAUCAAUCUUCUCCUCUAACGUUUGAUUAAUUUUAUUCAGCCUCAGGAGCAGGGACUAUGGAGAAAAUGAGCUAGCAUCUCAGAUUCUUGUUUUUAAGGUGUUUUUAUAUUGUUUACUUGUCUUUUUUCUGUACCUGUAAAUACAAUUUAGUUGUUCAAGGAAAUGGUUUUGGUAAGGAAACAGUUUGAGGUAAUGGCUGCCAUAACACACUAAAGCUGUGACAUUCAAUUUUCCCUCUUACACUUAAACAGUGGCCUUUUGCCGUCUGGACACGGAAAACUAUUUCAACCACAGGAUUUCAAGCCAUGAAAAACAGUGUGGAGGAACUGCACAGUGGCAGCCAGUGUUUCCCAUGCAGUAGUGUGUUGUAUAGGCCAGGUUUACAUAAUUGUGUCCCAUUUCUAAAUAAAAUUUGCGUUUCUUUCAA